CCAGCCAAGAGAUACAGAGUGGUGGAAAUCAAAACGGUGUCUUUCAGUCGAACGUUGCCCGCUGAAGUGUACAGUCGCGUGUAUUGCUGCAGACAGAUCGUUUCCUAGGAGUUUUCGGAAGUGUUGUGUCAGUCAGUUCCGAACCAGCCCAGAUGAUCGAUUACAGUGAUUUAAGGUUGCCCGUCUGUAAUUAGGAUUCGAAUUCAUCAAUCGUGUGCCGUUGAUCAGUGCGUUUAAGGUUCACUACGAAGAGGAUCAAGUUGAUCAACUUCCGGGGAAGUACGUAACACCUUUUACGGGGCCAGCACAUUUUGCACAUAGUGUUCAAAUGGAAAGUACUUUCAACUCGUCGAUCGACGAACUGCACAAGCAGGGUUGCCCUCGAAACUGAUGUCAUUGGUUCGUUGUGUUGGUACCCUCCUCAGCAUCGCCUUCGAGUAAAGAAGACCAGUGAACACCACCGAAUAACCAACUCACAUGGUUUGCGUGUAAUUUCCCCCUUCACGAAACGUGUAGAAACCCGUAGGAGAAGGAGACAAGGAAGGCGUACGCGUAAAAGAGAUACAAGCAAUAAUAAAUCCACACAAACAAGAAAGGUAGACGUAAAGCAACAUAAUAAUAAAGCCAAAACGUGGAAAAUAAGCAAACCGAAAAGUGAACUGAACCUGACACAAAAAAAGCAAACAACAAAAAGAGAAGAUUUCGGUCGUGCAGGCGGUGAAAUCAAGUGAACAAGAAGUAGCGCGAAAGAAGUGCGCGCAAGCCCUUGAAGAGAAUAGUGUGUCUUAGGAGUCGAAUCCUAAAUUCGGAAAGUGAAAGGUUACUUACGAGCAUUUAAUAAAAAAAAAUCAAGCAAAAUGUUGAAGACCAAAAGCGGUGAAGACAAGGUGAAUACGCUGCUAUCCACCAGCCAAAUCCCGAUCAUCGAUCUGGCACAUUGUGGCACAGAGGAAUGUCCCAUCCGGUCGGUCGUUAAUCGAGUCGGUUCACAGCUGGUUCGCGCCCUUACAGAGAAAGGAGUAGCCCUUCUAGUCAACCAUGGCAUUGCGGAGGAUAAGAUCAAGUACGCCUACAAUCACUUGGAUGAUUUUUGCAAACUGCCAGACUCCACGAAGGAGAUGUACCUCAGGCAGGACGGAAACCACGGGUACGUGAAACCCGGCCAGGAGCGCUUCGACGGCAAAACGAAGGACAUCCGACACACCUUCAACAUCUGCACUCUGAAACCGGACGCAAAACUUCCGGAAGAGCCCCUGCCCGGUUUUCGGGAGCACAUUUCCGACCUGGCGACCGAUUUCCAGCGGUUAUCGUCGCUUCUGCUGCAGGCCUUGGCCGUGGGGCUCGAAAUGCCAUACAAAUAUUUCCUCGACAAACAUACUCACAUUCUGGACGGGGAAAGCGAAAACCAGUCGACAUUCCGAUUGCUGUACUAUCCGCCGCUGAUCGAGGAUGACGGCAAGAACGAACUGCAACGGGGUACCUGCAAGUAUAGCCAACAGCGCUGCACCAGGGAUGAAAUUGAUCUCUCGCUACCGGAAGACUACAGGAGAAAGCUCGCCGAGGAGGAAGAGGCCCGGGAAGCGCAGUAUACGCGCUGUGGGGCACACUGCGACUACGGUACGUUCACACUGUUGGUGCAGGACUCCGAGGGUGGCCUCGAGGUGAAGCUGCCAGGAACCGAUAAGUGGAAGCGAGUUGGUUUCCUGCCCGGGGCCAUUCUGAUUAACGCGGGCGAGCUGCUGUCCACGUGGACCAACGAGAGGAUUCCUGCUCUGUCUCACCGUGUCGUGAUACCGGAAGAAGAGUCGCUUAAAAGCCGUGGUAGACAUUCGAUAGCAUUCUUCGUGCAUCCAGACAACUGUACCGACAUCGAACCGUUCGAGAUGCCAACUUCCAGUUCCUCCAACUCGCUCGACUCGAUGGACAAGAAACCAAAGAACCGGAAAAAGUCUUUCAAGACGGCUAAGACAAAAAUCUACAACGCCUAUCAACAUGUGCAACGGCGCUUCAAGGAAACGUACGCUUCCUAAAGAACGCACAGAAGAAGGACUGCUUCCUCAAAUCGGGGACCCAUCUGCGUAUUCCCCGACAAUACACGAAAUGAUUACUUUUCGCCAGAGGCCAAUCUUAGGACGUUAACUAGCAUUAUUGGAAAGGAGCGCAAGCAACUGAAACUUAAAUUAGAACGAAACUACUUACUCAUGCCGCUGUAACUGGCAGUGGCUAAUGGUAGCAGCAGCAGUGAACUUGACGGUUGUGAACACGUGCGGAAAGGAAACUGCAAAACUUAUUCCUCCCGAUAAAUAUGAUCAUCAAUCACGUAGGACCAGCGAACAUUGUCUGCCGUCCGCGCCAAAUCCUAUCAUCAAAUACUUUCAUGUCUUUUUGUUUUCGAACGACCCGGAAUGUUGAUAGCGCAAUUCCAAGAGCAAAGCAGUAGGAGCUAUUUAUUCUACUCAAUCUAUUUAUUGGUUUUAACUUUUUGUGUCCCAUUAACAUAAUUCAGUGCUUUUUGGUUUUUCUUAGUAGAAUGAUUGCUCUAUCCGUCCCAAGUGGUAAAAAAUUAGAAUAGCAAUUAUGUACGAUACUGCCUCACCGUAGCUAAUUGAAAUAGGGUGCAGAACGUUUCAAGCCGGGAACUUCACCAUUCAUGUAAUCGUUUUAAUUGCGCAAAGUUGUCUUCCUAAUAUUUUAUCGACCUUCCUAAUAUUUUAUCGACCAUUUAUAGAUACCAGCGAUAGACACAACUUUUACACCAUAUACUUUUUACUAGAUAGAGAAAACUAGUAAAUUCAUCAUCUAAUUUUAAUCAUCCACACAACCCAGAAGUCCCAUAAGCUGCUACGAACAAUAAAGUGAUAUCUUGUAAGAGAAACGAGUAAAUUAUAUUUUUAAGGAAUACAUUUUUCAUUUUACAUACAGCUCA